GUAGAGACAGCCAUUGAUGAGAAUGAGAUUCGGAUUACCAGCCAGGGAAGGAUGCGAAACUAUAUCAGUUAUGCCAUGAGUAUACUUCAGUUUUCAAUCACUGAGUAAACAGAAUAGAAGAGGAAAUUGGGAGGAAGUAUAUUGAGAGAUGAAAAUGGAUUGUAUUCUGUUUCCACAUAACCAUCUGGAUUUACAGAAUGGUACCUGUUACCACACGUCUUGGAUAUCUGGAACCAUCACAAAUUUCAAAGAAAAAGAACCCGACAAGAUUGUUUUCAAGGCAAUGGGCAGAGCAAUCAACAAAACUGUUACCAUUGUGGAGCUUAUUAAGAGAAGAGUUGUUGGUCUUCACCAGAUUACUUCUAUUACAUCCACUGACAUCACAGAUACAUGGGAGCCCUUAGAAGAAGGCCUCCUACCUUUGGAAACCACCAGACAUGUUUCAAUGAUUACAAUUACUCUCUCAAAGAAUGAGCUGGAUACAAAAGAUGUUGGGUAUCAGGUGCCCAUACCUACAGACCAGGUUAAAGUGUAUACAGAGAUUGAUUAUGAAGAGAGAUCUCCUACUGGUCGUGGAAGAGGCCGACAAGGUGGUAGAGGAAGGGGAAGGCCUAGAGUUGUAUCUGGAAAUGGUUAUUUGGAUGUUGAGUAUGAUGAUGGAGGAUAUGAUAGAAAUCGUAGCUACAGCAGAAGGGGUCGAGGAAGAGGUGGUAAUUUCCGUGGACGUGGACGUGGACGUGGAAGAGGAGGUUACAAUGGUCCUCAGUUUGACACACAGCAAGAUGGUGGCUAUGAUUAUGAGGAACCUGUAGAUCAGGGUCGAGGUAGAAGUCGCAAUUUCCGUGGACGUGGAAGAGGAGCUUACAAUGACCCACAGUUUGAUACACAGCAAGAUGGUGGCUAUGAUUAUGAGGAACCUGUAGCUCAGGGUCGAGGUAGAAGUCGCAAUUUCCGUGGACGUGGAAGAGGAGGUUACAAUGACCCACAGUUUGAUACACAGCAAGAUGGUGGCUAUGAUUAUUGGGAACCUGCUCAUGCUCGAGGUAGAGGUCGUAAUUUCCGUGGACGUGGAAGAGGAGGUUACAAUGACCCGCAGUUUGAUAUGCAGCAAGAUGGUGGAUAUGAUUAUGACGAACCUGCUCAGGGCCGAGGUAGAGGUCACAAUUUCCGUGGACGCGGAAGAGGAGGUUACAAUGGCCCAAAUCUUGAUACAAGACAAGAUGGUGGCUAUGAGUAUGAGGCUCAGGGUCAAGGUGGAGGUCAUAAUUUCCAUGGACGUGGUAGAGGAGGUUACAAUGGUCCACAGUUUGAUACACAGCAAGAUGGUGGCUACAAUUAUGAGGCAGCUGCUCAGGGUCGAGGUAGAGGUCGUAAUUUCCGUGGACAUGGAAGAGGAGGUUACAAUGGUCCGCAAUUUGAUACACAGCGAGAUGGUGGCUACAAUUAUGAGGCUCCUGCACAGGGUCAAGGGCGUGCACGUGGGAGGGGAGACCGUGGUAGGGGUCGUGGUGGAUUCAAAUCUAAUGGCCCCAGAUAUGCUUAGUUGGUCCAAGCCUUGAAGAAAUUCUGCAACUAUGUUAUCUAAAGAGUGUCUGCUCCACUUCACUUCUAUGUUUCACAGUAGUUGUGUGUUGCCAGUACAUAUUAACUAUAGGAUUGAUGUGUAGACUAAUGUUUAUUGGAAGUUGGACGCCUGUUGUAUUGUAGUGAGCCAUUUUGGUUCAUUUACAGCUUUUUCAUUUGUUAGUUCAGUUGUUUGUUUACGGGUAAUUUGGUCAGUGACUGGGUGAGCAUUAUAUGAUAGUGAGCAUGAUACUAUGGUUGAUCUUUUGUUGUUUAA